CCACACACAAGCCUCCACCUCCUCCCGUAAAUCCAUCUUUCUUUCUCCCCUCCCUCACUCUCUCGCUCCCUCCUUUUCACCUCUUCCACUCACCGUAUAAAUAUCGGCGAGCGGCACUGGGAGAGAUCAGUGUAAGCGACCUGCGCGCGAGGGGGGACGACAGCAACACAAACCUGAAGAAACUAAUCCCUGAAAAUUCCAUUUGGGGUUUCCUCGUCAUUCCUGCAUCAUGUUCCUCCUGCUCUCCAUGUGCCUCUUGGGGCUCCUGGCCCCACGAGGUGACGCCCAGGACCGCGCCGCCCUCUGGAGGGGCAACGACCGAAGCGGGCGAUGCCAGUACACCUUUACCGUGGCCAGCCCCGCCGAGGCCAGCUGCCCCCAUGCCGGAGGCCCCGAGGUGGAGGGCAUCAAAACCAGGCUCACCUUACUGGAAGCGCUGGUGUCCAAGCUGACCGGAGAGGAGGCGGGGGCCUCCUCGGCGGACGCGGGGGGCCGGCUCCGCGAGGCGCUGAACCGUGCGGUGGGCGAGAGGAACCUGCUGCAGGGUGAGAAGGAGCGGCUGCAGAGAGAGAUGGGCUCGCUUCAGAGACGCUUGGAGGAGAUGCUGAGGGAGACGGAGAGGCUGAGGAGCAGACCGUGCCCGCUGCAGACCCCCGCCGUGCCUGACGGUGGUCUGAUGAGACCUGCUGGAGGUUCGAACCCCAUGUCCCACCUGAUGGCGCGUCCCAAUAGGCUGGGUGACGGCAGCAAUUUGAGAGACUCUGUGUGGCAGCAGGGCUUCCAGGAGGUCAAGGCUGAGGUGACUGAAGUUCCGGCUCCCGAACAAUACACAGGUUGUGGCGUGUUGGUGUCCGUGUCGGAGCCCGUCACUCACAGGAAGGCCGACAGCAUCGCAGGAAAAUACGGCAUAUGGAUGCAGGACUCCGAGGCCGCGGCGCCGUACGGGUCCAGCAUGGUGUGGCGCAUCGACACGGUUGGCUCAGACGUCAGGCAGCUGUUUGGAUACGAAGACAUGGAGCAGCUCUCCAAGGGGUAUCCCACCAAGGUGGUGUUGCUGCCGGAACCCCUGGAGGGGACAGGCGCCGUCCUGUACCGCGGUUCCCUGUACUACCAGCGGCGCCGCAGCCGCACACUGAUCCGUUUCGAUUUGGCGUCAGAGAGCGUGGCUGCGCGGCGUGAUCUGCCGCAUGCCGGCUUCCACGGCCAGUUCCCAUACGCGUGGGGCGGCUACACCGACAUCGACCUGGCGGUGGAUGAGCGCGGCCUGUGGGCCAUCUACUCCACCAGCAAGGCCAAGGGGGCCGUGGUGCUCUCCCAGCUGGACCCGCACGACUUGCGGGUGACCAAGAGCUGGGAGACCAACAUCCGCAAGAACGGCGUGGCCAAUGCAUUCCUGGUGUGUGGCCGACUUUACACCGUGGCCAGUUACGGGGCGGCCAACACUACCAUCAACUACAUGUACGACACGGAAAGCAGCCGCGGGCGCCCCCUGGCUGUCCCCUUCAAAAACAAGUACGGCUACAACAGCAUGAUUGACUACAACCCGGCGCAGAAGAAGCUCUUCGCCUGGGAUAACUUCCACAUGGUCUCCUACGACCUGAGGCUGGGGCGCCCUCCAGCCGAGGCCUGAGAGCAGGGCCUCGCCCCACUACGUCAAGUGACUUUAACUCGCUCCGCUCGCUUCAAAGACUCAGAGCCGUGUUGAGGAGACUGCCUGCUAGCUAAAGGCCAGGGCUACAGAAGCUCACGACAACUUUAUUUUUUUUGUUACGUCAUAACUUGAGUUUUACCUGUUAACUUCAAGUUUUGACGGGUGUUUCUU